UGCGCUUGCCGUAGUCGCGUGGGUUCCUCGCCUCUUUUUGUCUCUGUUGGAGGGAGUUUUGGAUCAUGUUGUGCAUUUAAGGACUAAAUCAUGGCGCAAAGUUUUCAAAACGUCACUCUUUCGUUGACUUUACCCAUAUCCUGUCAGAUUUGUCUCGGAAAGGUGCGUCAGCCGGUCAUUUGUUGCAACAACCAUGUGUUCUGCUCCAGCUGUAUUAAAGUCUGGCUGGAGAAGAGCAGUCAGUGUCCCACCUGUAGAGUGGCCAUCACCCCAGAAAACCCCUGCAGAGAAAUUAUUGGAGCCACAACCGAUACUGACUCCAAUGAGAGCAAUUCUGUAAAGAGACGCCUCCGAAAGACUCGAGGGGAGCUGCUUUUACGAGAAUAUGAGGAUGAAAUCGAAACCCUCCUGAAAGAGAACGAGGACUUGAAAAGCAAAAACCUGAGCCUUGAGAUGCAACUCAAGACGGCUCUGGAACCGAGCGCAGUGUUGGUUCCUCUGAGUGAAACCAGCUCUGUUGACCCGAGCGCUCUGCAGGAGUCGGCCAAUAAGCUGAGAGCUGCCAACGACCUCUGCAGGAAGGUCAAACAGGACCUCGAGAGACUCAGAGAAGCUAACAAGACUCUGCGGUCCCAAAAUUUUGACUUAAUUCAGGAAAACAUGCGCUUGAAAGCUGAAGUGGACAGCAGAUCUCCUCAAAAGUUUGGCAGGUACACAGUGGCAGCUCUGGAGGCUAAGAUUCAUCAGUAUGAGCGGGACGUGGCGCAGCUGAAAAGAGCUCUGGAGCGCAGCGAUAAAUACAUCGAAGAGCUUGAAGCCCAGAACCAGAGGGACGGCCCUGAGUCUGAAGGUGUUUGUUCAAACGCAGCCUCCGGAGGGACUCAAAACGCAGGGAUCGAAAGAAUCGCUAUGAUGCGGAGGAGCCUCAGUGAAAUGGAGGAAACUUCAGUGCGCACAGACCUGGACCGAAAGUGUUCAGAGCUUCCCAACAACCACGGGCACCUCCUGACAACAUCUGACGCCUGUUUUCUGGCAGACACCUCCAGUCCACAGAAGGACGGGCUCAAAGAUGUUCCCUCAACGCCCUCCUCGGCUCUCAGAUCUCUGAGCUUGAAGAGUCCUGCGCUUUGCAGUGACCGAAAGUUGGGUCUCAAACCUCUCACUUACCUGAGAAGACUGAGUUUCGAUGACUGCCCAAGCUCAUCCUCAGCCAAUCACAACGCAGGAUCUUUCCAAAGCAUCUCUUUCGGUCAGAAAACCGCUGCGAGUUCUGAUAAAGAGGUCUUGUGUGGAGGAUGGAUGGACUGUGGAUCUGAAAAUAUUGAGAAGGACCCGGUGGGGAACAGUGAAGCUUGUAUGGACGCUGCGUAUCUCGAUAAGAUUUCUGAGCUGGACUCUAUGAUGGCUGAAGGUGAGAACUCCAGCGGGCAGGUCUCACAACUUCCUCUGGCAUCAUCGUCAUCUUCAUCAUCAUCAUCAUCAUCAUCGUCAGACUUUGAUGCCACCCAAAUACCAGAGCUGGAUUUCUGCAGCAACCUCUUGGCUGAUCCUGAAACAGCAGGAGAGCAGCAGCAGCAGGCCACCCAUUGUGAUGCUGAGGAGGAAGCUUCAGGUGUUGAGUUCAGAGCUGGAGUGAUGGUGGAAAAUCCCACACAGCCCACCAAACGCAAGUGUCCUCCAGGACUGUCCGUUUCAAGCCCCUCCAAAAUGUUAAAGCUGAAGUAGAAGCUGAGAGAUUUUCGAUUAUGGAUUUGGAUUUGAUGUUUCGAUUCAGAAUGAGAUUUAAAGGGAUAGUUCAUCUAACAAUUAAAUUAGUCAUAUUUACUCA